AUGCAAUGGGCAGCUCUGAAGAUCCUGGUACUCUGCCAGUGCUCUUUGGCGACCACGACCACGCAGACCCAGACCCUGACGACCUCAACGGUGACUGUGACGGUUUCCGCGACAUCGUCCGUGACGAUUUCCCAGACCUCCACAACCAUGGCCACUACGACCUUGAGUCUUCCGAACUACGAUGUCGUGGGCUGUGAUUUUGAAACCGAUACUUGCGGAUGGGUAGACAAAAAUCAGGCUUGGAUGCGGACAGCAGCCGCGCAAAAUGGCAUGGGGCCAUCAGAUGUUUUCGAUGGCAGCUAUUUUCUGCACCUGAAUGUGCAUCUGAGACCCGGCGCCACGAUUGCCUUGCAAGGCUGGGCUCACGGUCGCUUCCUGCGCAUGAACACGUCGAUAAUCGAUGCCUCAAUUCCCACGGACUGGAUCGGCUUCGACUGGACUUGGGAACGCUUCACCGUUGUUGAUGCCGGAAACGGGAAGAUCGCGCUGCACAACACCUUCCACAACCGCUUCGUGCUCAUGAGCAGCACGGGGAUGGACACAAGUGGCUUCCGGGCUGCCGAUGAGCUUCCUUCAGACGCGAUUUGGGAGCGAUUCACUGUGGUCGAUGCCGGGGAUGGCUCCAUCGCUUUGCACAGCGGUGUCCACAGCCGCUUCGUCUCCUUGUCGGAUGACGGGAUCGUGGGCGUGAGCGAAGAAAGGAAUGCAUCAGAUCUGCCGUCGGCCAUUGAGCGCUUCCGUGUCGUGCAGGUCAAGCCCUACCUGGAGCCUGGUUCCGUAGUAGCCUUGUACUGCACAUUCUGGAACCGCUUCCUGCGCAUGAACGAUCAGGCGGACAUGGAUAGCGCUCCAUCGGCUGACUCGCUUCCAGAUCCUGAGAGCUGGGAGCUCUUCACAGUUGUCGAUGCUGGGGAUGGAAAGAUCGCGCUCCACAACGCUGUGCACAACCGCUUUGCAACCUGGCUUUGGGGAUUCCUGGUUCAGUUACACUAG